CACUUUUUAGCUUCCACAUGUGACUGAGAACAUGCAGUGUUUAACUUUCUGUUCUUGGCUUAUUUCAUUUUUUAUAAUUCCUCCAGUUCCAUCCAUAUUGCUGAGAAUUACAGGAUUUCAUUCUUUUUUAUGGCUGAACAGUAUUCCAUUGUGUGUAUAUACGAAAUUUUCUUUAUCCAUUUAUCUGUUGUUGGAUACCUAAUAACUGUCUUUUUCUGAAAAAGCCAGCUCUCUCCUUUAUGACCCAUAUUUCCCCAUGUUAGUAACUUAUUUGCCAUUUUUUUUUUUUUUUUUGAGACAGCAGGAUCUUGCUCUGUCACCCAGGCUGGAGUGCAGUGGCAUGAUCUCAAUGCAGCCUCUAACUCCCGGGCUCAGGUGAUCCUCCCAGUCAGCCUCCCGAGUAGCUGGGAUUACAGGCUCGUGCCAUCUUGCCUGGCUAAUUUUUGUAUUUUUUGUAGAGACAGGAUUUCAUCAUGCUGCCCAGGCCACUCUCAAACUCCUGGGAUCAAGGGAUUGGACCACCUCAGCCUCCCAAAGUGUUGGGAUUACAGGCGUGAGCAACUGUGCCUAGCUUGUCUGCCUUUUUAAGACAAAUAAUGGAAUUCUUCAUUUUCUGCCAAGCUCAUUUUUGGUGCUCUGUUGCCACUACUAUUUAUUGAGUACCUACUAUGUGCCAGGUACAUAAGUACUUGUAUCAUAGUGAGAAUAAGACAGACCAAAUCCAUGCUAUUAUAAUGCUGCUCAAGUUCUGAGGAGGUGAACAGACAAGAAGCAAAUAAUCAGAUGAAAAUAUGGUGUAAUGCUCUGGAUGGUGAGUCUCACGAAGAAGAACAAUGCAGGAGUGGCUUUGAAUGAAUGAGAUCGAGGGGCCUGGAGGGACUUCCCCCACCUCCCCUAUCAGAAAGCCCGGCCUCGGACCACUUCUCCUCCUCACCAUCUGGGGGCGCUGCCGCGCUCCCCAAGCCUUGUGGAAUUUCGAAAAUGUGCGCCAGGGCGACACCUCUUGAUGCAUUAAACUGAAGAAAAGAUGUCCCUGUACGAUGACCUAGGAGUGGAGACCAGUGACUCAAAAACAGAAGGCUGGUCCAAAAACUUCAAACUUCUGCAGUCUCAGCUUCAGGUGAAGAAGGCAGCUCUCACUCAGGCAAAGAGCCAAAGGACGAAACAAAGUACAGUCCUCGCCCCAGUCAUUGACCUGAAGCGAGGUGGCUCCUCAGAUGACCGGCAAAUUGUGGACACUCCACCGCAUGUAGCAGCUGGGCUGAAGGAUCCUGUUCCCAGUGGGUUUUCUGCAGGGGAAGUUCUGAUUCCCUUAGCUGACGAAUAUGACCCUAUGUUUCCUAAUGAUUAUGAGAAAGUAGUGAAGCGCCAAAGAGAGGAACGACAGAGACAGCGGGAGCUGGAAAGACAAAAGGAAAUAGAAGAAAGGGAAAAAAGGCGUAAAGACAGACAUGAAGCAAGUGGGUUUGCAAGGAGACCAGAUCCAGAUUCUGAUGAAGAUGAAGAUUAUGAGCGAGAGAGGAGGAAAAGAAGUAUGGGCGGAGCUGCCAUUGCCCCACCCACUUCUCUGGUAGAGAAAGACAAAGAGUUACCCCGAGAUUUUCCUUAUGAAGAGGACUCAAGACCUCGAUCACAGUCUUCCAAAGCAGCCAUUCCUCCCCCAGUGUACGAGGAACAAGACAGACCGAGAUCUCCAACCGGACCUAGCAACUCCUUCCUCGCUAACAUGGGGGGCACGGUGGCGCACAAGAUCAUGCAGAAGUACGGCUUCCGGGAGGGCCAGGGUCUGGGGAAGCAUGAGCAGGGCCUGAGCACUGCCUUGUCAGUGGAGAAGACCAGCAAGCGUGGCGGCAAGAUCAUCGUGGGCGACGCCACAGAGAAAGAUGCAUCCAAGAAGUCAGAUUCAAAUCCGCUGACUGAAAUACUUAAGUGUCCUACUAAAGUGGUCUUACUAAGGAACAUGGUUGGUGCGGGAGAGGUGGAUGAAGACUUGGAAGUUGAAACCAAGGAAGAAUGUGAAAAAUAUGGCAAAGUUGGAAAAUGUGUGAUAUUUGAAAUUCCUGGUGCCCCUGAUGAUGAAGCAGUACGGAUAUUUUUAGAAUUUGAGAGAGUUGAAUCAGCAAUUAAAGCGGUUGUUGACUUGAAUGGGAGGUAUUUUGGUGGACGGGUGGUAAAAGCAUGUUUCUACAAUUUGGACAAAUUCAGGGUCUUGGAUUUGGCAGAACAAGUUUGAUUUUAAGAACUAGAGCACGAGUCAUCUCCGGUGAUCCUUAAAUGAACUGCAGGCUGAGAAAAGAAGGAAAAAGGUCACAGCCUCCAUGGCUGUUGCAUACCAAGACUCUUGGAAGGACUUCUAAGAUAUAUGUUGAUUGAUCCCUUUUUUAUUUUGUGGUUUUUUAAUAUAGUAUAAAAAUCCUUUUAAAAAAACAACAAUCUGUGUGCCUCUCUGGUUGUUUCUCUUUUUUAUUAUUACUCCUGAGUUGAUGAUGUUUUUUGUUAGAUUUCAUGGUAAUUCUCAAGUGCUUCAAUGAUGCAGCAUUUCUUGCACUAAAAAAAAAAAAAAAAA